CAAUAUGAAAUUGAAAACCGAAAAGAUCGGGGAGUAAUACGGUACGACCGACUUCCCGGUCCAACUAUCCAUUUCUGCAACAGCUGAACACCUUGACCAAUAAAAGAUCGCCACGUCGACAACCCUCCUGCAAUCAUUCACACCGGAAACGGCUGCUGUUUGUUCAUUUGACUUGACGGUUUGAAAGGUCAAACUUCAAAUCCAUAGAUACAUUUCCAAAUUAUAAAGACAUAAUAAAUUAAUAAUUUCAAGACAGCCGGCUACAAGAACCAACGAGAAAUCGAGAAGGCUCCGAUUAUAUAGAAAUAACAACAGUCUUCUUAAUCCUUUUCGUCUUCAAUAUGUCAGUUGUUUCUCUUUCUGUCAGAUUAUUAAACUCUGAAAAAAGAUAAUAUUACUUUUCACAACAAUCAUUCAAUCAUUUCAUCAAGUAAUCGGUGUGAUUGUGAGUUGGGUUUAGGGGAAAGAUUUCAUCAAGUAAUCGGUGUGAUUGCGAGUUGGGUUUAGGGAAAGAUAGUAAAUUUAUAGUUUUGAUUCUUUUUUUUUUCUCUUGAUUUUGAUUGUGGUAUGAUCUUUGUUUAGGGUUUUGCUCAAAUCGUUUGGUUUUGACCUUGUUUUGGAUUGCACACCAAGUGUUUGGUGAAAUUCCUCUGUGAAUUUGUAUUUUUUGUUUGCAUACCAGGUGUUCGAUGAAAUUCCUCUUUAAGCUGGUCUUGUUUAUGGGUUGUGUGUUUUGAGGUGAAUUUGUCUUUUUUGGUUUGCAUACCAAGUGUUUGAUGAAAUUCCUCUUUUUGUUGGGGGUUUUCUUGGUGGUUAGUUAAGGAGUUAUUGUGUCUUUGGUUGUGUUUUUUGUUUUUUUUUUUUUCUGUACUUUUAUGGGAGGGUGUAAUCUCAUGAUGGAAACAAUGGAAGAAGAGAAUUUGAUUGAGGCUGCUAGGCUUAUUCUGCGCGCAUUGGAUUCCAACAAGAAAAUGAGUAAUGAAGCAAGGAAAAUCUUGGUGGAGUUAGGCACGCGAUUGACGUCGAUGAUGAAGGUCAAUACAACCGACGAUGAAGGUGAAGGUGAAGAUGAAGAAGAAGAAGAUGGAGAACUUAAUGAUAUUAGAGAACGGGUUAAUUCGAUUCAGGAAAAGAUUAUGAAUUGGGAAGGUGAUGAAUCAAUGAUAUGGGAUUGUGAUCCUGAAGAAGCUAGGGAGUAUUUGAAGACGGUUGAUGAAGCUCGAAAACUCGCAGAGAGUUUGGAGAGUUUGACUCCAAGUGAAGACGAAAACGAGCUUUUGAGAAAGAUUAACGCUGGUAUUCAGGCGUCUAUGGCUAGGAUUGAGGAGGAGUUCCGGCAUAUGCUUGUUCAUAAUAGGCAAAACUUCGAGCCGGAACCGUUAUCUUUUCGUUCUAGUGAAGAUGAUGGUCUAGAUGAGCACUCAAUUGUUUCAUUUGGGGAUGAUUCAGUUGAUGAUUCGGUUCAAAGAGAUAGUGUAAGCCGUGGGUCUGAAGUUUUCAUUAUGGAUUUGUUAAAUCCGCAAGUGAUUCCUGAUCUGAGAAGCAUUGCUAAUUUGAUGUUUGAUUCGAAUUACGGUAGGGAAUGUUCUCAAGCGUUCAUCAAUGCCCGUAAAGACGCGUUAGAUGAUUGUCUUUUUAUUCUUGAAAUUGAGAAACUGAGCAUUGAAGAUGUUUUGAAAAUGGAAUGGGUUUCGUUAAACUCAAGAAUCAGGAGAUGGACAAAGGCGAUGAAGGUGUUUGUGCGGAUUUAUCUCGCGAGUGAAAAGUUCUUAUGUGAACAGAUUUUCGGUCAAAGUCAAACUGAGCCUGUGAGCUCAAUCUGUUUCUCCGAGUCGUCAAAAGCUUCAAUGUUGCAGCUUUUAAACUUUGCAGAAGCGAUUUCGAUCGGUCCUCACCAGCCCGAGAAACUUCUAAGGAUUCUCGACAUGUAUGAAGUAUUAUCGGAUCUUAUGCCGGAUAUCGAGGGUUUGUACUCUGACGAAAACGGGUCCUACAUUAGAAUCGAGUUCCAGGACGUUCUGACACGUGUCGCCGAUUGUGUGAAAGCGACGUUUAUCGAGUUUGAGAACGCCGUGGGGUCCAACACGUCAAGUAGCGCGUUCCCAGGUGGCGGGAACCACCAUCUCACUCGAUACGUUAUGAAUUACAUCAAAACAUUAACCGAUUACAGCGAUUCCUUAAACGCUUGUUUGAAAGACCAUGAGCAAGUGGUCAAUGAUCAAGAUUCUUCAUCUUCACCCGACACAAGUCCGGGGAAUGACAACGAUGAUACGGAGAACGCAAACUCGUCUUCAUCUCCAAUGGCAUUGCAUUUUCGAUCGUUAAUGUCGAUUCUCGAAUGCAACCUCGAAGAAAAGUCAAAGCUGUACAAAGACGAAGCUUUGGGUCAUCUUUUCAUGAUGAAUAAUAUUAAUUACAUGGCGGAAAAGGUUAAAAACUCCGAGCUAAGAGAUGUUCUCGGUGACGAUUGGAUCAGAAAACGUAACUGGAAGUUUCAACAAUACGCGAUGAGCUAUGAACGGGCCACAUGGAGCUCGAUCCUGAACUAUCUUAGAGAAGACGGGAUAUCAAAUUCAGGUAGUUCGGGCUCAACUUUGAGAAAUCUGCUUAGGGAUAGGCUGCAGGCAUUCUACACCGCGUUUGAAGACAUUUACAAAAGUCAAACUGGAUGGUCAAUACCAAAUAGUCAACUCCGUGAGGAUGUGAGGAUCUCGAUGUCGCUUAAGGUGAUUCAAGCUUAUAGAACUUUUGUUGGUAGACAUACUAAUAAUAUAAGUGAGAAGUAUAUCAAGUAUACAGCUGAUGAUCUUGAGAAUUAUAUAUUGGAUUUGUUUGAGGGAGCUCCAAAAUCAUUACACAGCUUCCAUAGAAGGUGACAUCACUAGGUUUUUCAUGUGUUGAUUGUCUUUGUGGUAUGGUGUGUGUUGUGAGCACCUUGUAUUUGUGGUUCUGGUUGAUAGAUCGAGCCCAGGGCUCACUGGUUAACCCGUGGAAGCGUGUCCUAUGUCCCACGGGUUUGCAUGUAUUUUGUACCAUAUUUUUUUAUAUUAAUAUAAGAUAAGAUAUGUUAUGUAUAACUCUUUAUGUUCUUUUUUCCCUACUCUGGGGAUUUACAACUUGGAAUGGAACAA